AUGGUUCCCAUCGCUACGUCUUCUCAAGACACAGAACCAUAUCACGACUAUACGGAGGGUGCAUCGGCAUUAGAUAUAGACCAGGCUCUCGACAACAGACGACGCUCUCGACGCGACUCUCAGUACAGCACUUAUUUCGAUACAGAUGGAGACGGUGCUGUGUUUUCUGGCCCUGGCCAUGUGGCCAAUCCUAGCAGUGUCUCGAGGAUGUCACAUAUGGAAUUGGGUCGGAGAAGUAGUGACGCUUGGUUAACUCGCCGGAAGAGCAUAGAGUCCAGGCCGUCGCAUCGGAAGAGACGAGACAGUAAAAGCAGUCAAGUAUCUCGGCAAAGCGUGGAAGGUGCAGAGAGACCACCUCCCGACGACGACGACUUGAGUUUACAUUCGGACGAUGACGACAUAGCUUCCACUGGGAGACGAAGGAGGCAGCGAAGAUCCCCAUCUCCGCCAUCACGGGCUGGUGUGUUCAACAAUUUGGCUCAUUUAUUUGGAAGAACAGGUACCUCUGAAGACAGGAGACCCUCUGUAUCCCAAAGGUCGUCUACUAGCCGUAUCUCCAGACGGAGCCGAAGUCGAGAUGCUGUUUCCGAAAACGCAGUGGAUACAGAUGAUAAUGAAGAGGAGCGCUGGGGAUACUCGUCAGGCGAAGAAUAUUCAGAUUCCGAGUCUGGUCAAUCGGCGGAUGUUAUUCACGACAAUGCGUCAAUAACAGCGAGUAUGCAGUAUGACUCGGAGCCCUCCAGUCCUCUCGAAGCUAGCCAAAAUCUACCUCUGCUAAACAUUGACCCUGUCUUCGGAGGAGAAGCUCGUAUAGAUAUGGAUACUACAUUUACUUUGCUUGAACCUCCUCCACCAGGACCACCUAGCAGGCAAACGAUAUACAUCGCAGACGAAGACAGUACUGUCCGCUUUGUGGGAUACGAAACAAUAACUCUGCGCGUUUGGUUAUGGCGAACAUGUUGUGUUCUAACUUGCGGAAUCCUUGGUUUGCUUGGACAUUGGUUUCCUUAUCUAUGGCUUCGAUGUGUUGCUCGGGAGAAAGCUUUCAAAGAUGCACAUAAUGGAUUUUUGGUCGUUGAGUCAGCAUAUAAAGCAAUAGUCUUAAUUCCGAUCCAACUCCUUGAAUACCCGUAUCGUAUAUCCACCGUCUUCUUGGAGUCUGUCCCAACGAUACCCGGAACAAGUUCACUUGUUCUAGACGAGCAAUAUAACGAUCCAAACGCCAUUCUUAAACAUUUGCUUAUUGUCGAUUACCGACACACGCGAUUUGCCAUCGAUCCCAGAACAGGACUUUUCGAGAUGGUUAGAGACUGGAGGGACCCAAGCUGGAGUAAUGUGCAAGCUGCACACAGAGGCAUCGAUCAGGAAACUAAAGAACAGCGCAAGAUUGUGUUCGGAAAAAACGAAAUAGACAUCGAGGGGAAAUCUACAGUAUCUCUUCUGGUCGACGAGGUUAUUCAUCCCUUCUACGUGUUUCAAAUAGCAAGCAUCAUCUUGUGGUCACUGGAUGAUUAUUAUUACUAUGCGUUUUGCAUAGGGUUAAUUUCAGUAAUUAGUAUCACUACUACCCUUAUCGAGACGAAGAAGACUGUGGCACGUAUGAGGGAAAUGUCAAAAUUAAUUUGCACUAUGGAUGUGCUGAAGAACGGUUUUUGGACAGAAACAGAUUCGAGCGAGCUUGUACCGGGAGAUAUCGUCAAUCUAUCAACAUCGCACUUGUCCUUGAUCCCAGCUGACUUCUUUCUUCUGUCUGGAGACGCUAUCGUCAAUGAGAGCAUGUUGACUGGAGAAAGUGUCCCUGUUAGCAAAACCCCUGUCAGAGACGAAGACAUAAUCCGGUGGCGAGACGAAAAGACGGAGAACGCCAAAACUUUCCUUUAUUGCGGCACGAAGGUUGUUCGUAUCCGAGGUACGUUCACCAACGAGGGUCAGGGACGGCCAGCUCUUGCUGUUGUGGCUAGGACCGGUUUCAACACAACGAAGGGCGCUUUGAUUCGCUCUAUGUUGUUCCCCAAACCCAUUGGAUUCAAAUUCUAUCGUGACUCUGUCAGAUUCAUUGGAGUUCUAGCCGGCAUUGCUGGGUUGGGUUUUUGCUUCAGUGCGAUUGAAUUUGUGAGGAUUGGUCUUCCAUGGCAAACCAUUCUAGUUCGUGCAUUGGACUUGAUAACCGUUGUAGUGCCACCGGCUCUCCCAGCAACCUUAUCCAUAGGUACAAGUUUUGCAGUAGGCCGUCUGCGUAAACUCGGAAUCUACUGUAUAUCUCCCAGCCGUGUCAACGUCGCCGGAAAAAUCAACGUGUGCUGUUUCGACAAAACCGGUACACUAACCGAAGACGGACUGGACAUUCUCGGUGUGCGCAGUCUUGACAAGAAUGAAGAGCGCCUGUUCGGCGAGCUGUGUGAAGAUGUGCAUGAUCUGCCUCUUGGAAAAGAAAAGGCAACCUUUUUGCAUGCUCUGGCGACGUGCCACUCUCUGAAAAUGGUCGACGGGGAGGUAAUUGGUGACCCGCUAGAUGUGAAAAUGUUUGGGUUUACCAAAUGGACAUUGGAAGAAGGCCGGGUCGCGGGCACUGGGAAUAUUAAGGCCAAGGGCACGGUGGUGGAUCAGGCGGCGCUUGUGCAAACUGUUGUUAGACCUCCAGGAAGCGCGCAGUUUCGUUUGGAGGAUGCGCUGAAGGGGUCUGCGAGGCACGCUCAUUUCCUCGAGUUGGGUGUCAUUCGGGCGUUUGAUUUCGUUUCUUCGCUUCGUCGCAUGAGUGUUAUCGUCAAGAGGCUCAAGAGCAGCAGUAUGGAAAUCUAUGUGAAAGGCGCGCCGGAAGUUAUGGCGGAUAUUUGUGACAAAUCUUCUUUUCCAACGGAUUACGACGAUCUAUUAUCAUAUUAUACAAAGCGGGGUUAUCGAGUCAUUGCUAUUGCUGGGAAAAGCAUAGAGGGUUUAUCAUGGCUAAAAGCUCAAAGAAUGAAAAGAGAGCAAGCGGAAUCCGGACUCAAAUUUUUGGGGUUGGUUAUCUUUGAAAAUCGAUUGAAACCCGGUACAGCGCCUGCAAUACAGGCACUGCGUUCCGCGCACCUGGCGUGCAGGAUGAUAACUGGGGACAACCCUCUCACUGCUGUCAGCGUUGCGCGUGAAUGUAGCUUGAUCAAUCAGGCGGCACAUGUUUUCGCGCCUAUCUUUUCUCGCGGGAAUGCGUCGAUUCCGGCGUCUAAGCUUGUGUGGUCUUCGAUGGAUGAUCCGCUAUGGAAACUGGACUCGUAUAGCCUAAAACCAAUGCCACCGCCACCGCACCUUGCAGUCGAGGGGGAUGAAAUUAAUUAUCAGGAUUACUCCCUGGUCAUCACGGGCGACGUAUUCCGGUGGAUGUUAAACUAUGCGCCGUUGGAGACUACGACGGAGUUAAUUGACAUCCUUGCUGCGACUUAUGAACAGAUGCUUGUGAAGACCCAGAUUUUUGCCAGGAUGUCCCCGGAUGAGAAGAACGAGGUCGUUGAGCGAUUGCAGACGUUGGGGUAUACGGUCCUUAUGUGCGGAGAUGGUGCAAAUGAUUGUGCAGCAUUGAAAGCUGCUGACGUCGGGAUAUCGCUUUCCGAGGCAGAAGCUAGCGUUGCGGCACCGUUCACAACGAGCACACCGGAUAUCGGAUGUGUUCUCGAAGUGAUCAAGGAAGGGCGGGCGGCCCUUGUCACCAGCUUUAGCUGUUUCAAGUAUAUGGCGCUCUAUUCUAUGAUACAGUUCACCUCUGUCACUUUGCUUUACUCCUUUGCAUCUUCACUGGGAGAUUUCCAGUUCCUCUACAUCGAUUUGUUCAUCAUCAUACCGAUUGCUGUCACCAUGGGUCGGACGCUCCCGUAUCCGCGUAUCUACCCCAAACGACCGACAGCCAGCUUGGUGUCGAAGAAGGUGCUGGCGAGCAUCAUUGGGCAGAUUGUGAUCACGAGCACUGUGCAGUUCUGGGCAUACUUUUGGGUGCGCAGGCAGGAAUGGUAUACACCGCCUCCGACAACUCUGCCAUCAGAGGGUGGCGACAACAAACUAGAGUCGACAAACUUUGAAAAUUCUGUGCUGUUUUAUAUCUCAUGUUUCCAGUACAUCCUGAUUGCCGCUGUGUUCAGCAUCGGGCCGCCGUACAGGAAAUCCAUGUGGACGAACGGUUGGCUGAUGUUUUCGAUGUGCUUGUUGUCGGCAUUCAAUGUCCUGGUGUUACUCGCUCCACCCACGAUAUUUGUCAAGUUACUGGAGCUGAUGAGCUUCCCCUCGGGGGCGCGCUACACACUGCUGCUCGCUGCGUCGAUCAACGUGGUGGUGUGCCUAGGGUACGAGGCGUGGGGCACACAGGGAGUGAGCAGUGUGCUGGGAGCGGGGAUGCGGUGGUGGCAGCGCAGCCGACGGAGAGUGCGGGACGGAAAGACAUACAAGGUAGUCGAGGGCGGGAUGCGAUAA